UAAUUGAGAUUAUUGGUCUUAUGUUAUAAACUUUUCUGUUUACAUCAACAAAAAAUAAUUUUUUAUUUCACAAAUUGUCAAUUUUAAUAAAAAUUCCACUCUUUAUUCCAAGAUUGAAAUGAAUUCCUAACCUAAAAGUAUAAAAUAUAACAAAAAUUGGCGAUUGCCUCAAUUAAGACUUAUUACUGUGAAUUAAAAAAGUGAAAAGUCAAUCAAAACAAAUCAAAAAGUUGCAGAAAAAUCUGAACAACUCAAUUAAGUAAGGUUGAACAGACUUUAAGACACUCGAUACUACAACAAAGUAACUCCAAAUCCACCUAAACUUCCCCAAAACCCUCAACAUCAUGAACACAAUCUGCCGCCUCUGCAUCACCAAAACACCAGCUCUCACCUCAGUAUUUUCAUUCAAAAAUGACCGUCUCAUAGCCGACAUGAUUGCACUUAUAUGUCCAGUUAAAAUUGAUCCAUGUGACAGCUACCCAAAGAGUGUCUGCCUGUCAUGUCUGCGGAUUGUCACAGAAGCUUAUGAGCUGAGAGAAAAAAGUGUUCAAAGUGAUGUCAAAUUAAAAACUGGAAUGGUUCAAAAUUUAAAUCAAUUGGAACUUCCAAAGACGACUAGAUCCUCAAACAUUAGAAAAUCUACAGAACCAGCAAAGCUUCCAGAAGUAGCGAACAUAAAAGUUGAAAAAGAUCCAUUUAAUAGUGCGAUUGAGUUUGUGGAUGAAAGCUUUCCACCUGACGAUGAGGAAUAUGAGUCAAAUGAGAAUGGAAAUGACUAUGAUGAUGAUGAUGAUGAUGACUACCAAGAAAUAAUUCCAGUUGAACCAAAUGUAGCCAAAAGAUUAAAAUAUGAACGAAUCAAAAUCGGUGAAGUCACGAGAGUCAAGUGUCAUUAUUGUGACAAGAUCUUCUCAAAUACACAAAAUGUAAAGAGGCACAUGAUAACUGAUCAUGAGAAUAAGAAGGAUAACUCAAUAUCUUGUCAUCUUUGUGGCGCUUACAUAUCACAUAAGACUAACUUGAAACGUCAUAUUAAGAUGCAUCAUCCAGAAUACAACCAACAAGCUUCUUCCAAACACAAAUCCGAACAUCUCAAAGACAUCGUCAAAAACUCAUCAGACCUAACCAAACAAGUCUUUGCGACACCAAAGAAACAGAAAUAUAUGGAAUACAUUACCAUAACUUCACUUGAGAACGACAACUGCUUCAAAUAUCAAUGCCUGAUUUGCAUGAAAGACACUGGCAAGUCAAAAAUUUGGUCACAAAAUAUCAGCAACGGUGGAACAUCAAACAUUCGAAGACAUUUAAGUACGAGUCAUCCUGAUGAUUUUCAGAAGCUUGAAGCUAGUAUUAAUGGGGUUGGCUUGCUGCCAACGCUUGAUGAUUUGAAGUAGUUUGGAGUUGGAUUGU